AUGUCAGGAAAUUUGGAUUUUGAGAAAAUCUAUUUAAAUCAAUCAAAAGCUUUUGGUCGUUUCCGUAUUGCUGAAACUGGUUUAGGUUGGAAAGCUGCAGCUGCUGGUGGUUCAGCAAAUAAAACUCAACCAUUCCUUUUGCCAUCUGAAGAAUUAUCAUCAGCUCAAUGGAGUAGAGGUUCAAGAGGUUAUGAAAUUAAAAUUCAAACCAAAAAUAAAGGUGUUGUUAAACUAGAUGGGUUUGAUCAACAAGAUUUCAAUCAAUUAAAAAAUGGAUUACAACAAUUUAAUAUACAAUUAGAUCAUAGAGAACAUUCAUUAAGAGGUUGGAAUUGGGGUAAUACUGAUUUAGCAAGAAAUGAAUUAAUUUUCAAUGUUAGUGGCAAACCAGCUUUUGAAAUUCCAUAUGCUCAAAUUUCAAAUUCUAAUUUAGCUUCAAAAAAUGAAGUUGCCAUUGAUAUGGAUCCACUGCAGGGAAAUGAUUUUGCUGGUGAUGAAUUAGUUGAAGUUAGAUUUUAUGUCCCAGGUAAUGUUCCAUAUGAAGAUGAUGAUGUUCCAGAAGAUGAUAAAGAAGAAAAAACAGCAGCUUCUGCAUUCUAUGAAAAUUUGAAAGAUAAAGCUGAUAUUGGUCAAGUUGCAGGUGAAGCUCUGGCCUCAUUUAAUGAUAUUUUAUUCCUUACUCCUCGUGGUCGUUUCGAUGUUGAGAUGUAUAGAGGCUCAUUAAGAUUAAGAGGUAAAACUUAUGAUCAUAAAAUACAAUACCGUCAAGUUGAAAGAAUAUUCUCAUUACCAAAACCAGAUGAUAUACAUCAUUUAAUGGUUAUACAAGUUAAUCCACCUCUGCGUCAAGGUAAUACACCAUAUCCAUUUUUAGUUUUACAAUUUUCAAAAGAUGAAGAACUGGAAUUAGAAAUCAAUAUCGAUGAUGAUGAGUUCCAAGAGAAAUAUUCUAAACGUUUGAAUAAGAACUAUGAUCAACAAACACAUCUGGUUUUAAGUCAUGUAUUUAGAGGUUUAACAGAACGUCGUGUUAUUAUCCCAGGAAGUUUCUUAUCAAAACAUGGUCAACCAGCUGUGAGUUGUUCAUUAAAAGUUAAUGAAGGUUAUUUAUAUCUAUUGGAAAAUAAUUUCUUAUUUGUUACUAAACCAACAGUUUAUAUUCCAUAUAAUGAUGUUUCAAGUGUUUCAAUUUCAAGAGCUGGUGAUUCAUCAACUUCAAACCGUACAUUUGAUCUGGAAGUUAAUUUAAGAGGCUCACCAGUAUCACAUACAUUUGCUAAUAUUACAAAAGAAGAACAAAAUUCAUUAGAAUCAUUCUUGAAAAGUAAAGGUGUUAAAGUUAAAAAUGAUGAAAUUGAACAACAAGCUAGAAUUAAUGCUGUUUUGGCUAAUGAUUUGGAUUCAUCAGAUUCAGAUGUUAAUAUGGGAUCAGCAAGUGAGGAUGAAAGUCCAGAUGAAGAUUUUAACGAUGGUGGUUCAGGUUCAGAUUCAGAUUUAGCUGAAGAAUUUGAUAGUGAUGCACCAUUAAGUGAUGAUGAUGAACCACCUGCUAAAAAGGCUAAAAAUGAAUAA